CCGUUGCUGUCGCCGUCAGUGUCCGAUUUACUUCCGGCCGACCCGACGGGCCACCGCGCAACACUCACACUCACACACUCACACUCACACCUACACACUCACACACGCGCGCGCGCGCACGCUCACGAACACACACACACACACGCGGACACGCACAGAAUCGCGCGAAGAAACCCCGUGCGACGACGACGACGUACCACUACAGCGCACGCGAGCACGAGUGUCGGCAGUUCGCGAACGCAGUAGGUACCUAUUUACGACCGCGUGAAAACAUCGCGAUUUUGGCUCAAAUCCGCGCGAACACAAUUUUUUAUCCUUAUCGUUAUAUUUUGUUGUUGUUGUUGUUAUAAUUUAUUAUUUUCGAAUUAGUUUUUCGCCCGAUAAUUACCCCGCGAGUCCCCCGCACGCACCCCGUCGCUGUGGAAAAAUCCGCAAUUUCAAAUUCCGCUACCUACCACCGAGUGUGUCGCCGGUGCUUUUUCGUUUUUUAGGUUUUAGUUUUCGCUAGUUUUCUACACUGUCCAUACCUGUAUAAUAUUAUAGUAUUAUAAUAUAACGUUCGCCGACGAUCGAGUUUCGUAUUUUCGCCGAAGACCAAUCACCGCCUCAGCGCACCCCAGCGUCACAUACACACGAAUAUCGGCACACGAUGUCCGGUCGUUCAGCGGUUGUCCGGGCUUAACAGCGGCGGUCACCGAACAGGGUGUGCACUUCAGCUACUGAUACACAAGAUCAAGGCGGGACGUCUGCAGUGAUCCACAAAGUAAAUCUCGUUGAAUAUCCAUCAUCUCGGUGCACUCGAUUACGAUAAGAUGGCCGACAACAACAACGACCUGGGUUGCCAGGACUGGAACGCGCCCCCCGCUGACGGGCAAGUGGUGGACUUCUACGACGGCGCGUCGGUGUUCGUCACCGGUGGCACGGGGUUCGUGGGCAAGGCUCUGAUCGAGAAGCUGCUCAGGUCGUGUCCCGGUCUGAAGAACAUUUACCUGCUGAUCAGGCCCAAGCGGGGCAAGGACAUAGAGUGCCGUUUCCAGGAGCUGUUGGAAAAUCCGGUGUUCGAUCGCAUUCGGUCCGCAGACGACGCGGGAAAAGUGUUCGAGAAAGUGGUGUGCAUCAACGGUGACGUGUCCGACCCCGACUUAGGUCUGAGCGCUGAGGACAGGCAAAGGCUGUGUUCCGACGUGACAAUCGUCUUCCACUCGGCGGCCACCGUCAAGUUCAACGAAACCCUUCGCACCGCUGUCACACUCAACACGUUGGGCACGCGACGCGUCGUCGACCUGUGCCGGUCGAUGCCAAAGUUGAAGGCUAUGAUUCACGUGUCGACGGCGUACUCGAACGCAGACAAGAUGACGAUCCAAGAGUCAGUGUACAAGCCACCUGCCGAUCCCGGGUUCGUGAUCAACUGCUGCCAGAAGAUGUCCGAGGACGACCUGCGAGAGAUGGGUCGGCGGAUGCAGGGAAACCACCCAAACACGUACACCAUGACCAAAGCCAUGGCCGAGUGGGUGGUUGCCGAACAAGCGGACGACAUACCAGCGGCAAUCGUGAGGCCCAGCAUAGUGACCGCUGCUUGGAGAGAACCGUUCGAAGGGUGGGUAGACAACAUGAGUGGCAUCACAGGAAUCAUGAUGGAGAUAGGACGGGGCACAAUCAGGAGCAUCGUGUGCGACCAGAAACUCCGUGUGGACAUCAUACCUGUCGACAUUCUAGUGAACACGCUAAUAACGUCUGCCUGGCACACGGCCACAUACAGGCAAAACGCCGUCCGGGUAUACAACUGCACUUCCGGAGCACUGAACCCGCUCCGUUGGGAAGAGCUUGGUAACCUGUGCCAGUACCACUCGCUAACCGCGCCGUCCAAGUACUUGCAGUGGUAUCCGGGCUUCUCGUUCCGUACCAACCGCAUGGUGCACAGGCUGUGCGAGAUCCUCUUCCACUUCGUCCCCGCGUUCGUGCUGGACAUCGUACUACGGCUCACCGGCUCCAAGCCCAUGAUGUUGAAAAUUUAUAGACGUUUCAAAAUGGCAGCACGAACCGGAGAAUUUUUUGCACUUCACCAGUGGGAUUUUAUCAGCAAGAACAUCCAGGAGCUCAACAAAGACAUCUCGUUUGUUGACCGACGUACAUUUCCCGUGGACAUCACCCAAGUGGUGUGGGACACAUAUGUCAAGGACUAUGUGUUUGGCAUACGGAACUACGUACUCAAAGAUCCACCGUCGACCAUCCCUCAAGCGUUGAGUAAACUCCAAAGAUUUUAUUGGAUGCACAGGAUGGCACAAUGCGCGUUUAUCGGGAUGGUAAUACAUGUCCUCAAAUCAAAGUGAUCAGAAACAAGAUUUUAUUUUUGUAUAAUAUUAACUACAAAUAUUAUAAUUAUAUAUUAUGUUAUGUUACAUGAAUAGUAUUAAGUAAUCGAACAUUUAAUUUUUUUUUUUAGUGUUACAUAACAAUUUAUGUAAUAUUUUAUUACUUUAUGGUAUGCAUAGUAUAAUUUUUAGUAAUAAAAUUAAAUUUAUCGAUCAUAUCAUUACAAUA